CUGCACUACGGGACCCUCCUGGGCAGCAGAGCUUGUGCCCACAUGGCAGCAGCUGCCUGGGCCAGUGCCUUUCUCUAUUCACUGCUGCACACAGCCAAUACAUUUUCCCUGCCCCUGUGCCAUGGGAAUGCCCUGGGCCAGUUCUUCUGUGAAAUCCCACAUAUCCUCAAGCUCUCCUGCUCCAAAUCCCAACUCAGGGAGGUGGGACUUGUUGCUGUCAGUGCCUGUUUGGCAUUUGGCUGUUUUGUGUUCAUUGUUUUCUCCUAUGUGCAGAUCUUCAGGGCUGUGCUGAGGAUCCCCUCUGAACAGGGACGGCACAAAGCCUUUUCCACCUGCCUCCCUCACCUGGGUGUGCUAUCCGUGUUUAUCAGCACAGGCACAUUUGCCUAUUUGAAGCCUCCCAGCAUUUCCUCCCCAUCCCUGGAUCUGGCCCUUUCAGUUCUGUACUCGGUGGUGCCUCCAGACAUGCUCAUGGGACAUCCUCGUGACGUGUACAUCCCCAUUCCUGAGCACUUUAUUAAGGUGAUCGACAAACUUGAUGUAGCUCUCAUCCGGGCCCUGGCAAAUGUCAGUGAAGUCAAUGUGUAG